GAACGGCGAGGAUGGUGACGAGUCAAUUGAGGUUUGAUGUUGUGAGAGGGAGGUUUGAUGAUGCCUCCCUCUGAAUUAGGUUGUACGAGCCCACUUUUGAGAGCUGAGCAUUUUGAUGUAAACAACUCAAUAGAAAGAAUCAAGUGUGUGUUAGUCGGAGAUGGAGCGGUGGGAAAGACGUCAUUAGUAGUCAGCUACAGCACAAACGGAUUUCCGAACGAAUAUAUUCCAACAGCAUUUGACAAUUACAACGUACUGGUACGAGUUGAUGGCCAGCCUAUAAGUGUGCAGCUUUGUGAUACUGCUGGUCAAGAUGAUUUUGACCCAUUACGAUCUCUGUGUUAUCCAGAUUCUGAUGUGUUCCUUCUGUGCUUCAGUGUCGUUAAUCCUACAUCAUUCCAAAACAUAUCAGAAAAAUGGUUGCCAGAAAUUCGUCGUUUCUGUCCAGAAGCACCUCUCAUUCUUGUAGGAACUCAGAGUGACAGACGACGUGAUGCUAGACAACUUCAAGAACUUGCACAGUAUGGCCAAGCACCAGUGUCACAGACACAAGCACGGUAUCUGGCACGCCGUAUUAGUGCUGCAACUUAUGUGGAGACAUCAGCACUCACACAGCGGGAUUUGAAAGAAGCUUUUGAUCAAGCAAUUGUCACUGCACUUUCACACAGAGGUACUAUUCUUGUGAACACAAAUCGAAACUCAAAAUUAAGACAAAAAAAUGGAAAGAGGAAACAGUCUCUGUGGCAAAAGUUGUGCUGUUUUUCUUGAACAUACAAAAAAUCCAUGACCCUUCUAUUACUCUAUAUCUACAAUAAAAAUGCCUCAUCAUCAUAUUUUUAAGAAGUGUAAUGUAUUGUGGCCAUAGUAAUUAGCCAUAAUGUGUUUUUUCUCCAUCUGUGAUCAACUUUGUAAUUAACUAGACUGUACUCAGAGGUUGUGCAUAAUAAUGGGGAGUUUUCUUCUAUAUGUAAAUAUAUGAUGUCAGAGUAUAUUAUCUACAAGCAUAUUUGUACUGUAUAUUGUUCUAUAACUCAGUUUUAUAGGAUUGAUGUUGGAUCCCUUGUGCUGUUACAUAUCUGUAAGGAUUCACUGUUAUUUGUUACAUUGCAUAUAAGAAGGCCCUGACUCUUCACAGGCCUGUGCAGUGCAGCAAAACACUUAAGUAUUAAUUAAUAGAUGAUAUUAAUGAACAGUACAAAAAGCCAAAAUGUAUCUAAAUAAAUAUCUGCCAAAACA